AUGGUUGUUGAUCUGAUGCAAAAAACAUCAACAAGCGAAACUAGCUAUGAAUCCUCACCCUCGGCUACUCCAGCCCCACUCGGCCCACUACUCACUACGAACCAGUCGAAUACAAGUCCUUCAACUAGAGAUCCUACCAGUAUCAGCUCCCCUAACUUGGACAAUGGCAGCAUGCAAUCAAAUAGAUCAGGCACAAGUUAUGUGAAUAGCGCUCACCGGGCCGCUGUUCUAGAUGAGAUUACGGAGCUCGAAGAACACUUCGAAAAGGAGAUGCAAUCCAGCCAUUUGCCUCCUGAUUCUCCUCUUUUUGAUUCGACGGGUCCUCAGUUGUUAUUAUUUGGCCCCCCGAAACAUGCAAGCAAACAAGAAAUACUAGCCUCGAUUCCUGAUCGCUCUAUUGUGGAUCGUCUGGUCUCUCGUUACUUCAAUUCUUUCGAAUCCUCUGGUCAGUCUGCCGCGAUGCUGCUUUUGUGAAUAGAAUUAAUAUUCUUGAGAUAGCUGUCAUUCAUACUGUCCAAUUUAUGAAAGAGGUAUUUUACUCUUUCUCCCCAAGACACACUUCUCAAUGCUAACUGAUCCAAGUAUGAGGAGUUUUGGGAAAAUCCAUUAGCAACACCGGCCAUAUGGCUUGGACUUUUAUCCACGUUGAUGUGUCUCGGAGCUCAAUUUCAGAAGUUCAGAUUGGAUCCCGGCAUUCACCUCUCUUCGAACCUGUCGACGGAGCAGAAUCUUGACCAGAUGAUCAAUACCUUCAAGGAAAGAAUCGUGCAAUGCCUCAUUCUUGGGGACUAUAUCAAAGGAGGCACUUAUGUGCUUGAGACGCUCAUACUUUACAUAGCUGUUGAGGUAUUCCGCUACAAAGAUGCCGAAAUUUGUAUCUGGAUUCUUCUAGGGACUAUGGUUCAACUUGCAAUGCACAUGGGCUACUACAAGGACCCAACUCAUUUCAAAGGAAUGUCUCCCUUUGAGGCUGAGAUGCGGAAACGUGUCUGA